AGAUAUUCAAGUGCACUUUGCCACCAGAUACCUGACCCCGACUUCCUUGCGUAGAAAUCAAUAAAUGUUGCCGCUAGUAUGGAUGGUAAAUUAAAGGUUCACUCAUCUCCAGGUCAUGUCACUAUUGAUCAAGUUGUGUCGUCGGCUGGACAAGAUAACUCCCACAAAGUAAAUGUCAAGAUCACCACUCGACAUUCGCCAUUACUUCGUAGCGAUAGCAUCUCAGCCUCGUUUCCAAAUUUUGUCCGAACGAAAGAGGACACAUCAGCUUACCAGCCACAGGAUGUGAAUGUGAGUGAGUCGUCUGGCGAAGAGAUUGUUUUCGGAAGUUGGCAACGCGAAUCAUCAGAUUCAGAUGGCACGUCGGACACAUUCGAAGUCAAGCCAGCAAAUGAGGAGCAACGGCGUUGUCCUCCUGGAAUAUGUAGGGACUGGUGUCGCAGCGUCUGCUGGCGGGGCUCGCGUUGUCGGUUUCUUCACGUUGACCAUGCCCACACUCCAAAGCAUCCACGACCCAAAUCCAACGAAAUCUGUUGGGGCUGGCAACGUGACUGGUGCGACUUGGGCUAUGACUGUCCUUUCAUUCACGAGGAUCUCAAAUAUGACCCGCCCGAGGAAUCAGUUGCCGAAGAAGAGGUGUCUAAUCCGGAACCAGCCAAAUAUCCACGACCAAGGUCUUCAGAAGUUUGCCGCAGGUGGCUUCAAGGCAUCUGCCAUCGCGGUCUCUAUUGCUCUUACAUUCAUAAUGAUAUUGACUACGAAGAUCCACUUCCACAACCUCCGGCAUCGACGCAGAAAGAAUGCCCAUCGUCUCCACCCCGGUAUCCUCAGGCGAAUUGGCUACUCACGGUCCAUGAUCAUAUAAAGGUCAGAUAUGCUGCUGGAUUUGAGGUGCAGAACAUCUUAACAGGGUUUGAAACACCCUGGCUCUUUCUCGAGCACCUUCCUGCGACUGUAACUCUUGAGAACAUCACUCAGCUGCUGAAGCCAUACGGACAGCCUGAAAUCAAGAUGCCCUCGUCUUUGGUGCCUUUAUCCGUGGUAAAGGCACGUUUUACCAAUCACGAAGAAGCCAGGGAUGCGUACAAUGCUCUCAAUGGGACUCAGCAUUUUGAUACCACGAUCAUCGCUCGUCUUCCUGUGCACAGCAGUGGAUCAGGUGGUCCUGGUAUCUUCCGUGAUUCCGUUGUACGAGUUCAGUGGGAUGCGCCGUCAAUUGUGGGGUACGGCGGGUUUUCGACACUCGAGAAAGCGCAGCAGGCUAUAGCGGCUGCGAAGAAGCCUUUCCGAGAUGUCUUUGUAACCGCGACCCUACACGAGGAUCUUCCGGCUGUCGGGAACUUCACGGUCCGCUUUCGCAAUUUACCUCCGGAUAUCACAAAGAAAGGCAUGAAGCCUUUUGGUGAUCUGGAUGACUUGAUGUGGGAGCGACUCAAGUACGAUUCGGUGCCUGCGGCGAUUGCAGGAAUUAAGAAAAUCCUCAGCUUCCACUUUAAUGUUCUCGACUUCGACGUACCGCCGCCCCCUUACGUGGACGGAUACGUUCGUGCUUGGCUUCGAUUCGCCUCUCCUGUGGAAGCUCAGCAAGCUGCCAACCACCUCCACCUGCGGCGGCCCAUCUGCAUGGGAGGGGAGACACCUCUUUACGCCCAUCACGUACAAAGUGUCACUUAUAGCAUCUCUGUCGAAAAGUACGCAACUCUUCGAUCCGAUAUCUUCACUUUAAAAGAGUCUCUGAGGUCUCGAAUGUCUCGGGCAGCGAGUCUCAUCGUCAGCUUCCACGGCUUUGAGAAUCAGUGGGUCAAGGUCAAACUGUCUUCAGAGAGUCUUAGGGAGCUCAGCCAGAUGAAGGGCGAGUUUGAAAAGAUUCUCAAAGGGGAGGUUGUCAAGUUAGAGGACAAAAUUGCCUGGGAUCCUUAUUUUGGAUAUCCCAUUGGAAUCGCGUUUGUACAGAAUCUGCAGCGUCAGACUCCCGGAGUAGAGAUUAUACCAGACGUUGUUCGCCGGUGUCUCAUUCUCCGUGGAUCGAGUGAAAAACGAGAGGCCGUUCGACGAGAGCUGAUAUCCAAGAUCAAGGAACUGCGUGCGAGAGAGGUACGGGUUGUGUCUAUUCCGAGGGAGAUCAUAGGUUUCUUUGUGAGCGUCGAGUUGUCCAGGUUGAAGCAGGAGUUGGGCGACGAGAAUGUGAGGGUGGAUCUGUGGGACCGGCUCUUGACUGUCCGAGGUGGUGUUCAUUCGCUGAACGCGGCGAGACGUGCUGUCAAGCAGGCUGAGGACCGGCAACGAUACGGCCGCCGUGUCAGCAUCGAUGAAUGUCCCAUCUGUUUGGACGAAGUGGUAGCUCCAUUCACACUCCGUUGCGGCGACAGCGUCUGUCGUUCGUGUUUGAAGAAUUACCUGGUGGCGGCAAUCGACAACCGGUUCUUCCCUCUGACGUGCCUCGGGAAUGGCGCUACCUGUUUGGAGCGGAUUCCGUUGUCGGUCGCGCGUGAACUGCUGAGUGCGAGCGAAUUUGACAGCGUGAUGCAUUCCGCUUUCUCUGCUCAUGUGCACGCUCAUCCCAAUGAGUUCUACUACUGUCCUACGCCUGAUUGUCCCCAGAUCUACCGCUCCGCGACGAAAGGCACUGUUUUGCAGUGCCCAUCGUGUCUGAUACGGAUAUGUUCGACAUGUCAUGUUGAGCAGCACGAUGGUUCAGAAUGUCUGAACCUUGAUGACACAGAUGCUGCUUUCAAGGAGUGGAAGAAGAAUCAUGAUGUGAAGAGUUGUCCUGGAUGUAAAGUUCCGAUUGAGCGUGCGGAGGGGUGUAAUCAUGUUACGUGCACCAGGUGUCAGACACAUAUGUGUUGGGUCUGUUCUAAGACUUUCCCCAGGGGCGACGGGAUCUACGAGCAUAUGCGCACGGAUCAUGGUGGUAUUGGUUUGGAGCCGCUGUUUUAGGCUUUUUUUUUACUUAUAUGUUUAUCGUUCUGUUUUUUUUGUUUCAAGCGUCAAUGUCUGGCGUUGUAUUAUUUUCUGUUGUAAACCUUCUCACCUUGUAUGCCGUGGUAUGUAAAGCAGUUGUGAAGCAUGAUGUAUAU